AUUUAAUUUUCUUUUAAAUUUGUGGGUGUUACAGUAAUGGAGGAAAAUAAGAAGGGUGAUAAGCAUGAAGAGGAAGCAGAGACAGAGUAUGUAUUGCUUGAUCUUUACACUGUUUCUGGGCAGAUUGAUUUUCCUCCAAAUGCACCUUACGCUCUUUCUUCUUGAGGGUUAGUGAAAUGGGAUUUGUGUUCGUUGUACUGACACAAGUGGUUCAAAUAGCGGUGUAGCGGCCGUUAUCCACCGCAAUGGAGAUGAGAGUAACCAAUCACACACAUAGCUUCGUGGCCGCAAAUAGCAGGACAACAACGGCUGCCCAUGCUAAACACAACAAUCAAAUUCCAAUAAAUUUAUGCUUCAAUCAACGUAAAAGAAGGAAUUAAUUCAAGGGUUUGGAUACGAUGAAUCCAAUAUUAAUCAUAGAUGAAAAAGUGAAGCUGAUUGGAGAAUAUGAAGAAACAAUAGGAACUUGCUUUGUUUUCUCUGAAUAUGGUGAGCAACAUUUCCUAUCAUACUAACUUUGAGCUUAAUUGGGUUGUCAUUAGUUAUCUCUCAUUCAUUCUUUUGUUAUCAUUUUACAUGUUCUUACCUAAUACAUAGGAGGAUUUUAAGUUUAAAUCUCCUUUCAUAAGUUUUUAUAUGAUGGUAAACAAAAAACCGUGGAAGAAUAACUAUGAAAACAGGGAACAUACCACUGGAACCAGAUUUUCUUGAUUUACCAUUUUUAUUUUCUUUUAAGGGUUUUGUGUGUCUUAGGUGCAGAGGUUCUGAAAAAAAUCUUUUUGGCCUCCGAUUUGAUUAGAACCGACCUCAUUUUGAGGUCAAGUUAAGUCUAUUAUUCUGAAUUUUUUUGAAACCUUUGUACUUUAUACAAAUUGGAGAACUUAUGAACAAGAGCUCAUAUGAAAUUAGGAGCAUGUAACUCCCUGUUGUCAGUUUUUAUCUUGGGGGCAUUCCCACCUCAAGCCUAGAUUAGUUUAAUGAUAAGGCAUGGGUUUGGUUUAUUAGUAUUCAUGCUAGCUCAUUCUGUUCACCUGUUUCAAUUGCAUAUCAUGUUUGCUAGGAAAAUUGCUUCCAUGACUUUCUCAUUUGGUUUACGGGAUCAACCUGUUAAUUUAUUAGCGUCCCAAUUCCAUUGUUUAUAUGUUCAUUCAGUUUAAUCUGUUUCUCAAACUUUUUCCUGUUUAAAUUAAGAAUUUGUUGUGUCAAUUAUUCUUUGCAUAAGCUUCCCCUAUAGUUCAUGAAGAGACAGGUCUAUCAGAAGCAAAUCUCUUCUCAGAAAAAUGUAUAAUAGAUCCAAACCAAGCUCCAAGAAAGCAAGUAAAGCCAGUUGCCUGACUUCACAAGAUUCUAGAGUUCAGAUUGUUACUAGACGACGAUGUUCAAGAUGAAACAAAUGCCCCAACUAAUUCAAAAGUGGUUCUAUAGUUACCAAGGAACUUUGCUUCUUGUUAUCUACCAACCUUUUUUCUUCUCUGUUUUUUCUUCCCUGUUCGAGGUCUUGCAGAAGUGUCAGGCUAUCAAAGGGGUUCAAAUUAGCAGUUUUCCUGGAGAUCUUAGCACGUCAAGGAUUAUUUGUCGGCAGCUGCAGCAGCUCACAAUUUGAUGUUCGGAACUCUCUUGAUGCAUUUUCUUUUCAAGUCUCUGUUUUUAUCCUUCUUGUUGACGUUUUAGAGGUUUCUAAGAAUUUAGAUGUUGUAUCAGGUGAAACAUAAAUUGUCACCAACUUAAUGCUGCUGCAAAAUAGAAGGAAAUGGUGGCUACUCACGUUCUCAAUUGUAACCAUUUGCCAUUCUACACUCCCCUAAAUUCCCUGUCAAGUCAGAAUCUCUGAUGAAGACCCUGGUGACCGUUUCUUUGUUAUUUUUGAAAGCAAGUCCAAUUUAAGCUGUAGAAUAGAAGGCUUAAGCAUAGUUAUACCAUUUCAUUUCAACAUAUUGUUUCAAAAUUUUAAGACUCUGGCUAAGAAGACGAAAAGGGAAAUUGCUCACUCUGGGAGUGAAGGUAUCCAGAUUUCUCCUCAAGGAACCAGGCAUACCUCUAUAUCUCUAUCCAAAAUCAGAUUCUUCAUUGUCUUAAAAUGGGUAUAUCAUUAAAAAAUCUCAUGGACUUUACUGAACAAGUAGGAAAAGUUUUUGAAGCUGGAAAAACUAUAUGGGGUAUUGUAGGGAAGCACUGGAAAUUCCCUACAGGCCUUGAUCAGAAUGUAAAUAAUCUGAAGAGAAAAAGAGAGGAAUUAAAUGGUCAGAAAGAUGAUACAGCAUCAAGAAUUAAGGCCGAGCUGCAUCCAAGAAAGAAAGUCAAGAAAGAAGUUAAGCUGUGGUUGGAAAAUGUUGAAAGGGUAGAUGGUGAAAUACAGAACCUAGAAUCAGACGCAGUUGGACCUAGCGGCUUUUACUCACGUGGAUUCCUUAAAAACAAUGUUUGUAAGAAGAUAGAAGAAGUUGAACAACUUCUUGAAAAGGGUAGAUUUUCUGAUGGUUUGGUUGUUGAUGAUCCUUUGCGGAUGGGACAGGUGUUGCCGAUACCAAGAUUAGUUGGUGAAACAGCAGCACUUAAAAGGAAUGAAAUUAUGGGAUACCUGAUGAGUAAUGAGGUUCAAAAGAUCGGAAUUUAUGGAAUGCCAGGAGUUGGGAAAACAAGUGUCAUCAAGCUUGUCAACAAUGAACUCUUAAAAGAUGCAAACCAGUUUAAUAUUGUUGUAUGGAUCACUGUAUCAAGGAAAUGUAGUGUUAUUGAACUGCAGAAUAAGAUUGCACAGGCAAUUAGUGCUGUUAUUUCAGAAGAUGAAGAUGAAACAAUACGAGCAGGGAUAUUAUCUGAAAUAUUUGCUCAAAAGGGAAGGUAUGUGUUAAUCUUAGAUGAUGUGUUGGACAAUUUUUCUCUAGAAGAAGUUGGAAUUCCUGAGCCUACUGCAAGUAAUGGGAGUAAAUUAGUUCUAACAUCCCGAUCAUUGGAUGUAUGUCGACGCAUGGAUUGUCAAGUAAUAAAAAUGGAACCGCUUCCUGGAGCAGAAGCAUGGACAUUGUUCUUGGACAAGGUUGGUCAAAGUCUAAUGAGUUGUUCAGUUUUAGUGCCAUUUGCAAGAUCCAUUGCGGAGCGUUGUGCUGGUUUGCCAUUGGCAAUAAUCACAGUUGCCAGUAGCAUGAGAGGUGAAUAUAGCCUUCCUAGAUGGAGGAAUGCAUUGGAGGAAUUAAAAAGGAAUGUACAGACUGUCAUGGAUGUGGAUGUUAAAGCCAUGGUAUAUCAGCAAUUGAGAUUCAGCUACGAUCGUUUGAAUGAUCCCAAAAUUCAGAACUGUUUCCUCACUACUGCAUCAUAUGAUGAAGAUUCUGGAAUCCAGAAGGAGCAGCUGAUAAGGGACUGGAUUAGAAAAGGAUUAAUAGAUGAUAUGGGCAACAUGCAAGCAAACAUUGACAGGGGCCAGGCAAUCCUAGGAAGACUUAUUGACAAUUGCUUGUUAGAAAAUGUUGGAAAUGGAAGAGUCAAAAUGCAUGAUCUUGUAAGAGAUAUGGCUGUACUGAUCACCCGGGAGCUCUAUUCAUCAUAGCCAUCAUUUCAAUGAGAGCCAGAAGAACAAGGAGUAGGUGCCGCGGCCAGUACAGUCAAAAGUGAAGACAAAUAUUGCAGCAGAAAGGGAGUCAUAGUUUGCUAUUUUUUCCCAACAAAUUGAACUUCCCAGUUGAAGAGAAUGCCUUCGUAAUCACGGUUGCUCUGUUUGAAACACCAAAUGAUCCAAGUGAGGCAAAUGGUGGAACAAAAACAUGUCUCACUCUCUGAAUUGUAACUCUAUUUAUCAUCAGUUUUGCACUGAAUUCACUGUUAUUUCUUCACAAAAAGCUUUUUCCUCCUGUCAUGUGCAUGAUUUGACCUUUAUUACAAAAGCAAAUUUUUAUUACCUUUUUUUUUUUUUGUAAAAUUGAAAUUGAAAUUUUUUAGUCCUUUCUUUGGGGAAAAAUGCAUUGAAUUAAAUGGUUACAGAAUCAAUCGAGAUGGUGUUCAACUUCCAUCCAAUAUUCAGCAAU